CUAGUGUAUCAUUUGAGCUUUAAAGUUGUUUAACAUUGUUUCUGGAGAUAAGAAACUGAUUGCUGUUAAGGAUGUAAGCCGUUUAUACAAAGAACUACAUUACCCAGAAACCCUGGCUACGUUUCCAUGCCAACCUCAUUAUGACAACAGUAAACUAACUUCAUAGCUGAUACUGUGGCAAAUGUUCGUGCUAACUGAUUCACGCUAGGUUAAAGUUAAAAGAUAAGGUUCGUUUAAUAGUUCGGCGAUGGGAAAAGACUAUUACGAGGUCUUGGAAAUAAAUCGCAGUGCCACUGAUGCUGACAUUAAUAAGGCGUACCGGCGGCUCGCGCUGAAGCAUCAUCCGCGUAGCAGCAGUCACGCGCGCGCCGCCGAGCGCUUCACUUUGCUCGCGGAGGCGUUUGAUGUGUUGAGCGACCCAUGUAAAAAGGCCACUUAUGAUAAGUUUGGAGAGGAGGGGUUAAAAGGAGGAAUCCCAUCUGUGUUGGGUGCGAAUGGCGCCUGGGCAUCAGGAUAUGUUUACCAUGGAAACGCAGAUGAAACUUUCCGACAGUUUUUUGGAGGAGACAACCCGUUUGCAGAUUUCUUCACCAAAGAUGGCAGUGAGGUAAACACAGCUUUUCAGAGCUUGCGUGGACAAAAGGAAAAAAUACAAGAUCCACCAAUAGAGAGAGACCUUCAUUUAGCGUUGGAGGACCUUUACUAUGGAUGCACCAAAAAAAUUAAGAUAUCACGAAGGGUCAUGAAUGAUGACGGACACACAUCCAGCAUAAGAGACAAAAUUUUAACCUUCACUGUGAAAGCAGGAUGGAACGAAGGGACACGGAUCACAUUUCCGAGAGAGGGGGACCAGGGACCAAACAACAUCCCAGCAGAUAUAGUUUUUGUCAUACGACAAAAGCAACACCCACGCUUUGUCCGUCAAAAUGAUGAUUUGUACUACACAGCACAAAUCUCUCUCGAGAAGGCUUUGACUGGUUUCUCCAUAGAAGUUGAGACACUAGAUGGCAGGCUUCUCAACAUCCCCAUUAACAACAUUGUACACCCUCAGUACACCAAAGUUGUGACAGGGGAGGGAAUGCCUCUCGUCAACAAUCCAUCCAGAAGAGGUGACCUGAUCAUUCGCUUUACUACACAGUUCCCAGAGAAGCUCUCGGCUGAGAAGAAACGGCUUCUAAAACAGGCACUCUGUUUGAAAUUUUAA